AGUGGACGCAGCGCAGGACUCUGAAUCCGGUUCCGACGUGCCGACGACACCGAUGCCUGUGUAGAGCGAUCCCAGGGCUUCUCACCCGAGCGGCACCGAAUGGUAGCAGCUGAGCGACGGGUGCGGAGCGAGGGGCGGCCGAACCCGGAGGACUCCCCACGGACCGGACCUGCUCCUCUUGUCUGUCUCCUGACAACCUGCACACCAAACUUUCAGCUCUGCGUCUGACGCGGAUGGGGGUUGUUAUUGACAUUUUUUAUUUUAAAAUAACAGGCUCCCGACAACGGAGACGCCGUCAUGCAGGUGCAAACCGUGGCCUAGAGUGGCUGAAAUGACUCGAUGGGUGCUGACGCGGAUCAUCGUGCCGUGCCAACCCCGCAUUGUCAGAUGCCAUUUUACUCUGCGUGAUCCCGGCGUCUGGGAUUCCUACACACUGGGCCUGCGGUGUCAGUAGAAGUUCGUGUGGCAAACAGAGCUGGUGCAACGAGAGGCGAGGCGGACACUGUGCGUAAUUCGUGCUGCUGAGGCUUAUGGGUCCUGCGUGCUCGAGCUCCCGGCUCCCACUCGGAGAGGAGGUGCUCUGCUGCGGGGCUCCGGAGCACCGGCUGUCGGCUUCACAUCUGGCCCGCCUGCCUAGUGUCAUCCGCGGCCUGAUCGGACGCUGCUCUCCCUGAACUUGUGUGUGUGUGAACCAGGGGAACCGGGCUGAGAUCGCCUCGGAUGGUGUCGUGUUAAGGGAGGAGAGGCUGACUAUUUGGCCCCGGACUAGAUCGGCGAUCCACAGGACCCGCUGACUACUCGAGGAAUUAAGAAAUAAAUCCGCUCAUCCAGCGCAAAGUAUGGAUUUUGCGUAGCGAGGUCGCGCAUUUUAAAAGGCAACGCUAGGGUGACAUUGCAGUCUUCUCGCCACAUCGCUUAUUUACGUCGUCCGACAAAAAAAAAAAAAGCGUGAAAGUGGAGGAUCGUCCGCCGUCGUACGUAUCGGCGCAGUGGGAUUUCUACGUCUGGUCGGCGUUCAUCCCCCCCACCCUUCCCGCGGUGACGGUUAUGGGUCGGAAGCGGUGUGUCGGUGCAGAUUGUUCCAAGAUGGCGGCCGGGUGCUGCGGGGUGAAGAAGCAGAAGCUGUCGGGAUCGCCCGGGUCGGGGGGUCCCGGCGGGGUGGGGGCGGGGAGCGGGGCUCCGGGAAACGGACAUUGUGGCUCGGAGCUGGGGAUUGGCUCCUCCGCGACCGUGGCAGCGGCGGCGAACGUUAGCAGAUCCAACGGCCUGGGGGGUGGACCCGGGGGGAUCGGUGGUAGUAGUGGUGGUAGCAGCGGCGGCGGCACGAACGCUCUGUCCCCAGCCCCGGCCGGUUACUCUUCAUCCGGCCUCUCCCCGAACCUCAGCCCGGGACCCGGCUCGGGAAGCGGAGGCAGAAAGAUGGUGGUCUCGGCGGAGAUGUGCUGCUUCUGUUUUGACGUGCUCUAUUGCCAUCUGUACGGAUACCAACCUCCGAGAACACCCAGGUUUACAAAUGAUCCCUACCCGCUGUUUGUCACAUGGAAAAUAGGCAGAGACAAGCGGUUGCGGGGUUGUAUAGGUACUUUUUCUGCCAUGAAUCUGCACUCAGGACUCAGGGAGUACACCCUUACCAGUGCCCUUAAAGACAGCCGCUUCCCCCCUAUGACAAGGGAUGAGCUGCCUCGCCUCUUCUGCUCAGUGUCUCUUCUCACCAACUUUGAAGACGUCGGUGAUUACCUUGACUGGGAGGUGGGCGUUCAUGGUAUUAGGAUAGAAUUUUUCAAUGAAAAAGGAUCAAAGCGCACCGCCACUUACCUACCAGAGGUUGCAAAGGAGCAAGGUUGGGACCACAUUCAAACCAUAGAUUCCUUACUACGAAAGGGAGGUUAUAAAGCUCCCAUCACAAAUGACUUCAGGAAGACCAUUAAGUUAACCAGGUACCGUAGCGAGAAGUUGACAAUGGGUUAUGCAGAGUACAUCGCCCACCGUCAGCACCAUCACUACCAGAAUGGCAUUGGGCACCCUCUACCACCGUACAACCAUUAUUCCUGACAGCGAGCCGCAUGACCAAUCAUUGGACCUCUCCGCGGACCUUUUCCCAGGAGAGCCUGCCCCCUCCUGGUCUAGCUAUUUCUACUACUGUACCAUUUUAUGAUGAUAGUUUCCGUUGCCAUGCUGGCCGUCUCCCAGACGUUGACAUGGCAACGGGUGGCAACGAAGCAUCAUUUGAUUCUGGCAAGAAAUUCACUUUCUUUCUUUCUUUCUUUGCCUGUGGUUAAGUUUUUGCAGCAUAUGUAUCCUUAUAACUAUAACCCCCUUUACUCAUACGUUUGAAAAUUAACAACUAAUAGAUUUUAUUAAUCUUUUCAGCAAACCUAAUCAGCUGUGGAUGGAAGGAAGUCUCUUAGUAGAUUAGUCUAACACUUAUAUUGUUUAGGCUUUGCUACAGUUCUACAUUAACUAAAAAAUCUUUAGUUCUCCCAUUUUCUUUCUUAAUAUCCUGACACGUAUUACCAUGUAGCAAGGCAACUGCAGUUCUCAAAGGCUGUGUCAUCUCUGUCCUGAUUCCUCUCAAAAAAAAAAGAUUGACUGUGGAGGUUAUUUGAGCCUUGUAAACUCUUAGUGUUGUAGUUGGAACUAUCUAUUGGGAACUGUGUACUCCAAAGUAUAAAUAGUAGGAUAGUAAUGCCCUUUGACUGGCCAGUGCUGGCUGUGUUUCUUGUGCGAGCUGUGUGUAUCUCGGUGUGUGGAUAUGGACGUUGAUCUGCCACGAGAACAAACGAAAAUUAGAAAUUUGAUUUUUAAAAACUCCCGACCGUUUUUCUUUUGGAAAACCUUUCCCCUUGAGUGUUUGUCGUGUUUUUUGUGGUGGAACCUGUAAACUUGAGACGACGUUCCCUCUUUUUCAAAUUACAGUAAUCGCGGAGGAAGCCAUUUGUCUGAGGAUAAUCACGUCCUUGCUGGUGAUUUGUUAUGUAAAAUGGGCUACAAGUGGGGUCUGCUCUCCCGGCAGUGGAGAGGGGCGACCAGGUGUAAUUACAUGUCCCUAAAAGAAGAAAAAAAAAAGACAAUGCAUGAACGAUGCUUCAGUUAAAAUUGACCGUCUGUUGGUGUCUGAGUUUACUGGCAGGGAGUCACUUUAACAGGGACAUGCUAUAUCUACUUAAAGCCAUAUUCUCUUUUUAUUCCACACUUUGUAAGAGUAGUCUGUUGUUUGGCUUGAUGUAUUUGCAUUCUGUGCCACUGAAACUGGUAACUAUUCCACCUCCGAAUGCAAACGUAGACCAACCAGCCUCAGGCAAGGCCGCAUCACGAAAGACACACGUCGAAAUCAGCGGUUUCAGUCAUUUGUCAGGUGUCGUGUAUAGUGCCCGUGUCGUCAUGGAAACACUGUCUUGCCUUUUCAGACUAUAGCUAACCAUUGUCACUCGUCCAUGAAGUACGCUGUAUUAAAAAUUGUCAUCUUUUGAAUGAAGACACUUGACGCACAAAAGGAAGUGAGCUAAUUAACAUGUUUGUGUCAUUGAGUAGUGCAUGUCAUUGUGGAGCUGCCACGACGCAGCCAGUCUUAGUUGUUGAAAUCGCACUACCACCGUUCUCCGAUUUGUCCGCCGUUCAGCAGGGUCCCUUUGAUCUGUGUGUCCACGGCACAGGACAUAUUUUGAUUUGUGGUGUGUUUAGUCAGCUGUUGGGCAGUCGAUUCGAGCAAACACGGUUGAAUUAGUCAGAGUUGAAUCUCUGCACGGGGCCUGGCGGCUUACAGUUGAGGUCUACGAAUAAAAAAACAAAAAACAGCCAGGGCUUUGUAUAAAGGACUUAAGAAGCCAUUUCCCAUCCAAAUAUCACUCGUUGUGAGUCGGCAUCCACACACACACACACAUGGCUAGUUUGGAUUUACUUUUAAAGAAUGUUACAGUUAAGGGUCAACGCGCGAUCUGCUUGUUUUUAGUUUUGCGAACUGGAAUUUUUGAGAGGUUCUUGUCACUUGACCAACAUCUUUCUGCGUAACAGCCUUUACUAACUGACAGGUUCAUUUUCUUUUAUGCAAAAAUGUCAAGGGCUUUUGGCACUCCAUCCACAGUAACCCGAAAUGACCCAGUAUUGAGUUGUGUUGCCUUAAAUUAAUGAGAUAAGUGAUGGACCAGGAGAUGACUCUGGCCUGUGGCUCUGUCCCAGCUCCAUCUUCACAUUGUAGAGAAGGAAAGAGAUAAUGUUAUUUGAAUGCUGUCAAUACUUCCUCAUACACACACAUGGGGGCUCGUGUACGCCUGCCCUGUUAGCUCACAUGGUAGCUAGCUACUGGUCCUCGAUUUCACUUGAAGCUCCACAGAGAAACACAUUCUCUGUCUGAUAGCUUGGUGUUGUUACCCUCAUCGUUUCACACUUCCAGACAAAUGUAUGUUUUUUUUAAAUACACUACACAAAGACAUUUCAGAGAAAAACAGUCAGGCAUUCAUCUCCUGGUCCAUUAAAUACAGCACAACCGGAAUUUUUCUGCUGCAAAACCAAAUUGACCAUGCUCUUUUACAUAUAUGUCUUUGUAUACACAUGCAAUGUGUUCAGUUGCAUGUAUGUCUGAGUAUGAGACCUAUGGUUUUAUCCAUGAUAUGCUUGAUCUAUGGCUUAGACACUCUUAUUAACCAUUAAGAGAUUUAAAAGACAAAUAUGGUGCUAUCAGACCUCAUAUUGGGGUGGUCACAGCUCGUGACUGGUCAUGCGGACUCAUUGAUCAUAUCAUACUUAAAAAGAUGCUUCAUGUAGGAUUUUCUCUUUGGCGCAUCGCUGUGAAUUGAGUCGCGACGGUCACCGUUAAGAAAAGGCCCCAAGAAUCUGCUUUUAUUAAUUGCAGUAUGGGAUCAACUUCCUGUGAGGGGGAAAAACGGAUUCUCUUAAACAAAGAGUAAAGAGGGAAAAGUCCUAGCGGCAAUGUGUCAUAGGGGCUCUUGAAUGUACUGUUAAUGGUCGUCAUGGCGAUUUUUACAGUGGUGUAUUAAGAGAAAAUCCUCCAUGUGUGACCUUUACUAUCCUUGAUAUAUGCAGAUCUGUUCAACAGGUGUUUUGUUUUUUUCAUUAUUAUUAUUUUUUUUUUCAACCAGUGCAAGUCAACACCCCUGCAGGUUUGAAAGGACAAGAAGUCAACACGUUAACCCUACCCCCCCGUUUACUCCCUACACUGUGGCCCAACCUCACGGCCUAGUUUGUCGAGGUGCGAUGUGUGUGUGUCGUUCAGUAGACAGUGGCGGUAAUAGAUUGUGUGCGUUGCCUCUCCUGGAAGAUCGGGUGCUGCUUCUUAACGAGCACAUCCUUUCGUUUUCCUUCUAGCUGCUGAAAGGGCGAGGUUUGCUGAGAACCUCGUUGGAAGGCGAGCAUCUCACUUGAUGCGACACAGAGUAAAUGUUUUACGUAGAACACGCAGAACAUAGUCCUGGUUCUGUACUGAUUUAACUGUUUUAAAAAAGCAUUGAUACCUCAUGAGACAUUAUGGAACGACGUUUCGUAGUUUGUUGUAGCAGACCGUGUUUUGGUUCCAUACCGGGGUCAGAGUUCAGCCUCAGCAUUCCUUGUGUGGUCAUUCUCAUGUGUCGUGGAAUGCUCAAGCUCGUGUUACCUUCGUAUGUUUGACUGAACCAAAGAUGCCAGCGGCCAUGCCCAAAUGCUGCUCUUCAGGCCUGGCUUCCUGUCCUUCCAAAAAAUACCCCUGCAUUUGACAAAAUGUUUUAUGUCUUUUUUCAUUUUAUUUUUUUGUUGCAAUUUCUCAACUGUCUUGACUUAUGAAGCAACCUAAUUUUUCAAUGAAUUGACAUCUCUGAAACCUAUACGGCAUCAAAGAUGGUUAAAAUUGGUUGCCAAUUGUUGUUACUUAUUUUGUUUAUUAUUAUUGUUAUCAUUAUUAUUAUUAUUGCUCUAAUUUACAAAAUGAAAAUCCCAUGGUGUGCCUCCUAGCUUUAUGGGUUUAUAAGUGUUUAUUUUUUCCCUAAAGACCAGCAGUUAUACUUUGUAUAAAAGAUGGAUUUUUCCUUAUUUUUUAUGCCAUUAAAGAUGAAAUAGCCUGUUUUCUUUACUCUGGACCCAGUAGCUGCACUGGUAUAAAAUCGCACUGGUAGAUUAAUUAAAAAAAGAAAAAAGUCUAAAUGAAUCAAUAAUAAUAAUGAUAAUGACAAAUGAAAUAAGAUCUACAAUAAACAUGUGUUUGAGACUUUUAUUAAAAAAAACAUUUUAAAAAAUGCACAUAAAAACGAAAAUGACUGUUUUUGUACAUCGAAUUACUUCUUUUCAAAAGACUUUUGGAUCUAGUUUCAAAAUUAUUUUAGUGGUUUUCUAUGUUCUGAAUUUUAGAGACACUGACUUCGAUGACGUGUCACUGUACAAAAUGAUUUUCUUCAGUUGCAGUGGCCUGAUGGGCUGGGAGGGUUGCCUGGUGUAACUCCUCAUACCAACUUUUAUUUCUUUUCCUUUUCGAUUUUGGGAUCUUUUUUUCUCCUGCUUUAGUAACUUGAAAAAUGUUGAUGGGAAACUAUGAACUGGGAACUUCAAAUCCAUCCCCCUGUAGAGCUAGACCCUUCCUCUCUUCCUCUUGAAUUUGCUGUUAGUGUGACGAGACUUGAAACGGGCAUUUAUUAAAGAUAGUUUGACUCUAAAUGGAAAAAAAAAGAUAAAAAUAAACAAACGCACACAAAAAAAACAAAAGCAAAAAAAUAAAGCAAAAAAAAAUUGCAAAAGAAAAGUGGGGAGGGUUGAAAGAAUAUAUAUAGAUGGGUUAUCUGAGUAUGUAAGCAAUGGAUGUGAAGGUAGUAGUUUUAAACAUUGUUAUUACCUUUUAAAUCAUUUAUUCAAUAAAAGAGAAAAAAUCUACUGAAAAGAGAA